UCGACAGUCCACGCAUUGUGCGUUACGUGGAUUUUGCAGAGGAUGAAAAUUUUGGUUAUCUUGUCCUUCAGCUCUGCGAGUACACACUGGAAGAGUAUAUCAAAGAUCAUCUACCACAAGACAAAAGAGAAACAGUCUUGAGGCAAAUCAUGAGUGACAUAUUUGAAAGUUUAAAGGUUCUACACAAUCAAGAAACCAAAGUUCUUCACAGGGAUAUCAAACCACAGAAUGUCUUGAUCGAUGUUACUGGAAAAGCAAGACUUGCAGACUUUGGCAUUAGUCGGAGACUAAGUCGAGAGGAAACCACUCUUCACACGAGGAACGUAGGCACAAAAUACUGGAUGGCCUAUGAAGCCAUAGAUGAAGAGAGCGGCCAUGGAUACAAACGCUGCUCUGACAUCCAGGUUGCUGGGAUGCUAAUGUAUUACGCCCUCUCCGGUGGGCACCACCCUUUUGGAAACAGUGUUCGCUGUGAAAUCAAUAUUCUUGACGGGAGGUGCUCAUUGGAUCAUGUUCAAGAUGAGGCUGCAAAGGACCUCAUAGAGUGGAUGAUUACGAGGGAGCCAAAGGACAGACCCACCAUAGAGCAGGCCCUUCAUCACCCUUACUUCUGGACCAAAAAAAAGAUGUUGGAUUACUUGAUAAUGAUGGGGAAUGAGAAGGAAGUGGCACAGCGGGAUAAAGCUGACAAAGACAUUGUUGUGGCUCUGGAUCUAUACACCACUGGGAGAGCAUUCAUCAAUUGGAGAUCCAAGGUAACAAAGACAGCCCAUUGCGUAGCAUAGUUUACAGAUAAUUAUGAUGUUGUUGUUUGUAUCAUCUCCAUUUGGCACAAUUUUUAAAAAUACACACUUGUUUUAACACAAUCUCUCUUGCACUCUCUUGAUCUCUGGUUGAAUGCAACAUGUAAUUGGGGGCUUAACUCAUGUGUCGUUGUUUCAUACAAAGUGUGAUAUUUUUUCCCUCCUGCUGGUCUGAGGUUAAAGAAGAAUGCAUUGACAUAUAUGCAUAUUAUGUUAUAUAUUAUAUAUACUGGGG